UUUUGCAGUCUCUUAAGACAAAACAAAUCCAAUUUUUACUUUACUUCUAUCAGUCUCUCUCUUAAAAGUAAAACAUGUCGACAAUGGAGAGAGAUAUCAGGAGACACCGGAUCCUCCCCGAUGUAACUUGAAGUACUGCCUAAAAACGCCUAAAAUUUGCAGCCAUUUAUUUUCUCUAUUAUUUUUCCUCCUCUUUUUCUGUUUUUCUUGUUUUAGCGUAAAUGUUAGGAGAUUAAUUUUUUUAACACUAUCUUGCCUUGAUAGUGUAAAUCCUCCAGAUUUUGAAUCAGGAACUCCCCUCAUUCCUUCCUUUCUCUCUCUUUCUUUAUUUAUUUUUCUCUAGCUAGCUAUAUUUGUAGGCCAACUUGUUCUCCUUCAAAAUCUUCCCUUUGGUUUUGCACUGCAUUUUCUGGUUAAAAGUUGUAAACCUCUUCCACUCUUUCAUGAUGCUGAAAUCCAUAGCUUGUUGAGAUUGUUCUUUUUAACAUUACUACAAAUUCUUCUUUUGUGAAAGAGAAAGGGAAAUUAGAUUUUUUUAUGUCUCUUUUGAUGAUGGCUCAAAAGCAUUUGCAUGAGUUACUGCAAGAGGAUCAAGAGCCAUUUCUUCUGAAGAAGUACAUUGCUGACAGGCGUUGUCAACUCAAGAAACCAUCACCUAAAACUCAUCUUCAAAUCAAGAAAGGGAAACCCAUCUCUCAAAACUCGAACUUUCCUUCAAACUUCUGCAAAAAUGCUUGCUUUUUCUCGUUUCAUGACUCACCAGACCCGAGAAAGUCUCCAUUGUUUGAAUUUCCAUCCCCAGCUAAAAGCCCUUGCAAAAGCCCCAAUGCCAUAUUUCUUCACAUCCCAGCAAGAACAGCUGCUCUUCUUCUUGAAGCUGCUCUCAGGAUUCAAAAACAAUCUUCACCAAAAACCAAACCCCAGAGGAAAAACAAUGGCAGUACUUUUGGCUUAUUUGGUUCCAUUCUAAACAGGCUAACUCAACGUAACAGAAACCGGAAGCGUGAAAUAGCUAAAGAUGGAGCAAAAGUUUCAGUCAAGGACAUUUUAAGGUGGGAUUCAACCGUGGGGAAAAACGGUCUAAGUCAAAGGAAAAUGUCUUCAGCAAUGGAAGAGAAAAGUGGUUGUGAAAUGGGGCAUUCUUGUUCUUAUAAUGGUAGGUCAAGCAGCGCUGUUUGGUCAGAAAGCAAUGAAGAAAAAUCCAUGGAUAUGGAUUUGGAUACUUCCUGUAGCUGUAGCCGAUCAGAGGAUUUUGAAGAGAUAUACAUGUCCAUGGAAGUUUUAGAAAAUAACUUAGCUUUUGCUUCCUGUGUUAAGCACUUUUGUGAAAGCCCCUUUCAUUUUGUGCUUCAACGAAGCCCUUCUUUUGGUCAUCGGACUCCCCUAUUCUCUUCCCCAGCUAUAUCCCCAAGUCGCCACGAAAAAGAGCAGGACAUGGAAAAUUAUGAAGAAGAUAGCUUAAAAAAAUUGCAAGUAGAAGAAGAGGAAGAAGAAAAAGAACAAUGCAGUCCCGUUUCUGUUUUGGACCCUCCAUUCGAGGACGAUGAUGAUAGACGUAUGGAUGAUGAUGAUGAUGAGAACAAUGGUUUCGAUCUUGAAUGCAGCUAUGCAAAUGUACAAAGAGCUAAGCAGCAGCUACUGCAGAAACUUAGUAGAUUUGAGAAACUGGCCCAACUGGAUCCAAUUGAACUGGAGAAAAGAAUGUUAGAACAAGAGCAAGAUGAUGAUAAUGAUGAGAAUGGUAAUUGUGACAUAGUGGAAGAAAAGGAAUUCCAGCACGACUCAGCUGCAUCGGAUGGUAAAAUGAACGUUGAUGGCUUUCUCGACAAACUGCUUAAAUCAAGUUUCCACAAUCCAAGACAUAUCCCAGAAGGAAUGAAAGGGCUAGUAUCAGAUCUCAUUGCCGAGGAAGAGACGGAGCAGAACUGCUACAUCGACAGAGAAGAGGUGGCUAAAAGAGUUUGCCAAAGGCUGGAUUCAUGGAAGGAAGUAGAAUCAAACACCAUUGACAUGAUGGUGGAACAAGAUUUCAGAAGAGAGAUUGAUGGUUGGAAGAGAAAUCAAGAGCAGAUUAGAGAGACAGCAUUAGAAGUUGAAUAUGCCAUCUUUGGAUUACUGAUGGAAGAAUUGUCAGAAGAACUAGUUUGUUUAACUGGGGAAAAAUUUUGAAGCUAAGGUGGUGUUUAAAAAUGAAUUUUGGUUCCACUUUCUUUCAUUUCCUUUUUCAAAAUCAUAUAUUAUUAAUUAGAGGAGUACCGUCUGACUGCUCUGAAGUGAUAAGAUAAUUAGAAAGAUGCAUGGAGAAAGCGGGAAAGAAGGAUGUGGGUUAGAAUAGCAGGGUUAUGUAUAUGCAAUCAUGUAUUUAGUGGGUGUAAUGAUGUAUGGAUCCUGGCUUUUAUGAGACAAUAAUAUGUACAAUAAAUUUUCUACAUCAACAUUGUUCUGUUCCCCUUGUUUCAAAUUUUUAGAUGUUCCAGACAAAAUUUUACUAGCAUAGUAGCAUGAGCAGAUUUCAGAUGUCUGAAUUACCUUGGCAACUGUUACAUAUGCAGAGCAUGUCUGCUUGUUAACUUAUCUGAAUCCUCUCAGCAAUUAGUGAUCAGGUUUGAUCAAACAUUUAGGGUAGGCAAAGCUUCUGGUUCCGGCUGCUUUUUACUGAAAUGAAUAGCAACAUUGAAGAAAGGAAUAUGGCUUAGGGGGACCUUGGCUUUAUUGAUAUUUUCGCUUCUUUUCAAUCAUUUCCAAGUACAAAACAGGGAACAUUAUUCCUUACACAUCUUCGAUCUUUGGUCUUGGAGCAUAAUUUGUUUCUUUCUUAUGAACGACAAUAUAAGGGACACUGUUAGAAGUCGCAUUGCUGUGCAGGUAAUAGAAAGCAUAAUUUGCCAUUGAUUUGACAAUCCAUCUAAACACAGUGUUAUUACAUAGACUAUAUUUUGGCUAUUUGGAAGAAUCUUUU